AGGGAACGCCCAUGUGAAGGUAAGAAAGGUAAAGUAAUGACAAGUGACAGGAAGAAAAGUUCAUAGCAUUACAGGACACACAACAGCAAGAUCCUCUUAGCUUUUCAACAUGAGCAGGCCAUACUAUCAAGGGUUCGGAGAUGCCACAUAUCCAGAUGAAAGGAGGAUUGUUCUAGUCGGGAAGACCGGAGUGGGGAAGAGCGCUGCAGGAAACACCAUCCUGGGGAGGGAAGCUUUUGAAUCUGAGCUGUCUCCGGCUUCCUUGACGUCUGAAUGCCAGAAAGCUAAGGGAGUUGUCGAAGGUCGAAAGGUUGCUGUCAUCGACACUCCUGGGCUGUUUGACACUAAUUUCAACCAAGAAGAAGUGUUAAAGAGGAUCAAGAUGUGCAUCUCCCUGUCUGCUCCUGGUCCUCACGCCUUCCUGGUGGUUCUUCAUCUGGGCAGGUUCACCCAGGAGGAGAAGGAAACAGUCAAGAUGAUUCAGACCACUUUUGGUGAAGAUGCAGCUCAUUUCACAAUGGUGUUGUUCACACAUGGAGACCAGCUGAGGAAGCAAACCAUUGAAGGCUAUAUUUCAGAGAGUCCUGACCUACAAGCCCUCAUUCGGAGGUGCAACCAUCGGUAUCAUGUCUUUAACAAUGAAAUCAAAGACCCUGAACAAACCAGUCAGCUCCUGGACAAAAUUGACAAGAUGACGAUGGCUAACGGUGGAGGCUUCUACACCAACGAAAUGUUCAUGAAAGCGGAAUCAGCAAUAGAGAAGGAGAAAGAGCGACUCCUGAAGGAGAUGGAGGAGAAGAGGCAGAGAGAGUUGGAUGAACUGAGAGCCAAAUAUGCAGGACGGGCCUACCACAGGGAGGAGAAACGGCUGCAUGUAAGAUAUGAGUAUGAAGCCAGAGCCCAAGCUGAAAGAUCAAAUGAAUUUGUCGCUGCUCCAGUAAUAGCUAUAGCAACAGCCUGUGGUGCUGCUGUCGGAGGUGUGCUUGGAAUUGCAGGAGGCCCGAUUGGUGUUGCCAUUGGAGUUGCUGCUGGAGCAGCUUUUGGAGCUGGCAUUGGUGCACUUUCACUGAGAGCUUCAGAUCGUUGCCAUGUGCAGUAAGAGCACAUAAGAUAAGGACUAUACAGUUAAUUAAUGGUGUAUAAAGUUGAUUAUUUUCCAGGAGAGAUCUCGUCCUUUAGUCACAUGUAGUCUGCAAUUGUUUCUUACUAAACUCUUUCCAUAUAUACAGUAUAUAUUUAUAUACAUUUAUAUAUUUGCAUUAAAGAUGACUCUCAUAAUCACUUUUUGUUGAUAGCUGAAAUAGGUAGAGCUGAUUUAUUUGUCUUGACUGUAUAAUAUUGGGUAAUAUAUAUUAUUGUACUUACCAUGAUGGAUUGUGACUGAUUGAUUAUACUUGUGUAGAUUCUCAAUAAAUUGUAUUAAACUG